AUGGGAGAGGUUGAUCCAGCUUUCAUCCAAGAGCCUGAACACCGGCCCAGAAUCACCUACAUCGAAGGCCAAGGCAUCCCAUUAAUCGAUCUUUCCCCUAUACACUCCUCCGGCGAAGUUUCUGCCAUUGAAGGCCUUGUUAAAGAGAUAGGCAAUGCAUGCAAGGAGUGGGGGUUCUUUCAGGUGAUCAACCAUGGAGUACCUUUGGAAAAACGCCAGAAGGUUGAGGAUGUGUCGAGGAAAUUCUUUGCACAGAGUUUGGAGGAUAAGAGGAAGGUGAGGAGAACUGAGAAGGUAGUGCUGGGUUACUAUGACACUGAGCAUACUAAGAAUGUUAGGGACUGGAAAGAGGUGUUUGAUUAUAAUAUAGAGGAACACACUAAUGACAAGGAAGUCACAGCAGAGUGGACUAAUCUUUGGCCUGAAUACCCUCCGGAGUUUAGAGAGACAUGCCAAGAAUAUGCACAAGAGAUGGUGAAACUAGCUUUCAAGUUGAUGGAACUUAUUGCAUUGAGCCUAGGCUUGCCAGCAGAUAGGUUUCAUGGCUUCUUCAAAGAUCAAACCAGCUUUGUUCGAUUCAAUCGCUAUCCAACUUGCCCUAAUCCUCACUUAGCACUUGGUGUUGGUCGACACAAGGAUAGUGGUGCCUUGACCAUCCUAGUUGAAGAUGAUGUUGGAGGGUUAGAAGUGAAGCCGAAAACAUAUGGGGAGUGGAUUCGGGUCAAGCCCAUCCCAAAUGCUUAUAUCAUCAACAUUGGUGACACUAUUAAGGUUUGGAGCAAUGGCAAGUAUGAGAGUGUGGAGCACAGGGUGGUAGUGAACUCAGAGAGGGACAGGUUCUCCAUUCCAUUUUUCUUCCUACCAGCACUCUACACCAUGGUUAAGCCCUUGGAAGAGCUGACAAAUGAGCAAAACCCUGCUAAAUAUAGGGCAUACAACUGGGGUGAAUUUAUAAGUACUAGAAUGCAAAGUAAUUUCCAAAAACUCGGUGUUGAAAACUUGCAAAUCUGUCAUUUCAAGACAACAGAGUAA